UAUACUUAUGCGGGAAAGAAAUCUUGACAAAACAUCUGCACCGUCCAUGCACUUUCCAUCGACGAGUUUCAAAUCAUCGCUUUGCAGAACAUUCCAGAAACCCUAACUAGCGCAAAAAGUCUAUAUAUUGACUUGAGUCUUACUCUUCGUCUCUCUCCUAUAAUCCAUUCAGGAUUUGUGUUAAGCCUUCCGUUCUUGGUUUUUUUUAAUUCUUCCUAUUUGAUUGUGUGUAUUUUGCAUUCGUCAUUCGCAUUUUGGUUUUUCAAUCAAACGAGAAUGGCCGGAAAAGGAGAGGGGCCGGCGAUUGGUAUCGAUCUCGGAACGACGUACUCGUGCGUCGGAGUAUGGCAACACGACCGUGUGGAGAUCAUCGCCAACGAUCAGGGCAACCGAACGACGCCGUCUUACGUCGCCUUCACCGAUACAGAGCGUUUGAUCGGCGAUGCGGCCAAGAACCAGGUCGCCAUGAACCCCACCAACACGGUGUUCGAUGCCAAGCGUUUGAUUGGUAGAAGAUUCAAUGAUGCUUCGGUUCAGAGUGAUAUCAAGCUAUGGCCAUUCAAGGUUAUUCCUAGUGCCGGUGACAAGCCCAUGAUUACAGUGGUCUAUAAGGGUGAAGAGAAACAGUUUUCUGCAGAAGAAAUCUCUUCCAUGGUUCUGAUGAAGAUGCGUGAGAUUGCGGAGGCCUACCUUGGUUUUACAGUGAAGAAUGCAGUUGUCACUGUCCCUGCAUAUUUCAAUGACUCUCAGCGCCAGGCCACCAAGGAUGCUGGAGUCAUUGCUGGCCUUAAUGUUAUGAGAAUUAUCAAUGAGCCAACUGCUGCUGCCAUUGCUUAUGGUCUUGACAAAAAGGCAACCAGUGUUGGUGAGAAGAAUGUUCUCAUUUUUGACCUUGGGGGUGGCACUUUUGAUGUGUCGUUGCUUACCAUUGAAGAGGGAAUCUUUGAAGUGAAGGCCACUGCUGGAGACACCCAUCUUGGAGGAGAGGACUUCGACAACCGGAUGGUGAAUCACUUUGUUCAGGAAUUCAAGAGGAAGCACAAGAAGGAUAUCAGUGGAAACCCCCGGGCUCUGAGGAGGCUGAGGACUGCUUGUGAGAGGGCGAAGAGGACUCUCUCAUCAACUGCUCAGACAACCAUUGAGAUUGAUUCUUUGUAUGAGGGUGUUGACUUUUACACGACUAUCACUCGUGCUAGAUUUGAGGAGCUCAACAUGGAUCUAUUUAGGAAGUGUAUGGAACCCGUUGAGAAGUGUCUGAGGGAUGCCAAGAUGGACAAGAGCAGUGUCCAUGAUGUUGUUCUUGUUGGUGGGUCUACUAGAAUUCCCAAGGUGCAGCAGCUGUUGCAGGACUUUUUCAAUGGGAAGGAACUCUGCAAGAGCAUUAACCCGGAUGAGGCUGUUGCCUAUGGUGCAGCUGUUCAAGCUGCAAUCUUGAGUGGUGAGGGGAAUGAGAAGGUCCAAGACCUGUUGCUUUUGGAUGUGACCCCCCUUUCCCUUGGGCUGGAGACUGCAGGAGGUGUCAUGACCGUGUUGAUUCCAAGAAACAGCACCAUUCCCACCAAAAAGGAACAAGUGUUUUCUACCUACUCCGACAACCAGCCUGGUGUGUUGAUCCAGGUUUAUGAGGGUGAGAGAACAAGGACACGAGAUAACAACUUGUUGGGUAAAUUUGAGCUCUCUGGUAUUCCUCCAGCUCCCAGGGGUGUACCUCAAAUCACGGUUUGCUUUGAUAUAGAUGCCAAUGGUAUCUUGAAUGUUUCGGCUGAGGACAAGACCACUGGACAGAAGAACAAGAUCACCAUCACCAACGACAAAGGCAGAUUGUCCAAGGAUGAGAUUGAGAAUAUGGUUCAAGAGGCUGAGAAGUACAAGUCCGAGGACGAGGAGCACAAGAAGAAGGUUGAGGCCAAGAAUGCGUUGGAGAAUUAUGCUUACAACAUGAGGAAUACUGUAAAGGAUGAGAAGAUUGGAGCAAAACUUGUAGGGGCAGACAAAAAGAAGAUUGAGGAUGCCAUUGAUCAAGCCAUCCAGUGGCUUGAUGGCAAUCAGCUUGCAGAGGCAGAUGAGUUUGAGGACAAGAUGAAGGAGCUGGAAAGCAUCUGCAACCCCAUCAUUGCAAAAAUGUAUCAGGGUGCUGGGGCUGAUAUGGGUGGUGCCAUGGAUGAAGAUGUUCCUUCCUCUGGUGGCAGUGGUGCUGGUGCAGGACCAAAGAUUGAGGAGGUCGACUAAAUUUUAUUUUAUUUAGAAAUUUACUUUUUGGGAUUGUUGGUCAAGUGGAUGAUUCUGGAGCUGGUGAUUGGAUUUUUUUUUCCCCAUUCUCUAUUCCCCUUUCGGAGAUGUGGUUAGUCAGUUAGGUCACACACUGUUGAAGUUUUAUUGCAUUAUCCUCAAUAUUACAAAUCAGUAUGUUAGUUUUGUUUCUCAAUUUACAAUUCCGGGUAUUACUUUUGUUUCUCAAA